UUAAAUUGUUCCCUGUUGAUCUUUUGUCAAUUUGAGUUCUUCCUCCUCCUCACUUCCCAUCCCUUCACCUCUACCUGCGACGUAGCCGCCGUGAAAGUAGUCAAAUCGCGAGGAGGAGGUUAAUGAACCAGUGAUUAGCAUCUUUUUUAAGUGGAAAUGAAUCAGCUCUCAAAUGCCUUCUCAUUGCUUGAGCUUGAUGUUGAAGAUGCUAGGGAACAGAUUACUGUUCCCGCUGCUUCUGAUGGUUGUAAAAGAGAAGACAAUUGUUCUGGAGAUGGACGCCUGCUGAAAAAUGAGAAUGGGGAUAAACGAACGUUAGAAUUGAUUCCAGGAACGUACAAGAUGCCACUUGUGUGGAUUGACUUGGAAAUGACCGGUUUGAAUAUUGAAGUUGAUAGAAUUUUGGAGAUCGCAUGUGUGAUUACAGAUGGAUUGUUAACCAAGUCGAUUGAGGGUCCUCAUUUGGUUAUUCAUCAAACAAAGGAGUGUCUUGAUAAAAUGGGAGAAUGGUGUCAGGAACAUCAUUCGGCCAGUGGUCUGACAAAGAAGGUUCUCCAGAGUAAGAUAAGUGAACAAGAAGCUGAAAAGCGGGUUGUGGAAUUUGUCAAGAGAAAUGUCGGUGCAUAUACUCCUCUUAUUGCAGGGAAUUCGGUCUACAUGGAUCUUCUAUUUUUAAGGCAUCAAGGCCUUAUGUCUUCGUUGGUACCCAAGAGAUAGCAAAAAGGCUCCUCGGAAGGAAAACAAACAUAGAGCAAUGGACGAUAUCAAAGAAAGCAUAGCAGAACUCAAAUUCUACAAGGAGCACAUAUUCAAACCCUCCAAGUCUAGGAAAUGAUAGUUGCAGUUGUAUAGGUUGCUGACUUUUACAGUUUUAGCCAUAAAUUGGCAGCUAUGAAACUCGUGAUAUUUUUGUUUCUUUUAUGAUAAGUAUGUCAGAAUUUAUAUCAUGCAACAUAGAAGAAAUUUUUUAUGGAUUGUCUCUUAGUUUUAUGACAGAUGAUUGUGAACUUGUAAAAUGUCAUAAAGUGUUUGUUCAUUUUCCCCCCUACAAAUA